AUGGACUGGCCGCACAGCCUGCUGCUCCUUCUCACCCUCUCCAUCUUCCUGGGGCUGGGCCAGCCCAGGAACCCCAAAGGCAAGAGGAAGGGGCCAGGGCGGCCUGGAACCCUGGCUCCAGGGCCUCACCAGGUGCCGCUGGACCUGGUGUCCCAGGCGAAGCCGUACGCCCGCAUGGAGGAAUACGAGAGGAACCUUGGGGAGAUGGUGGCCCAGCUGAGGAACAGCUCCGAGCCGGCCAGAAGGAAGUGUGAGGUCAACCUGCAGCUGUGGCUGUCCAACAAGAGGAGCCUGUCGCCCUGGGGCUACAGCAUCAACCAUGACCCGAGCCGCAUUCCUGCAGACCUGCCGGAGGCGCGAUGCCUGUGCCUGGGCUGCGUGAACCCCUUCACCAUGCAGGAGGACCGCAGCAUGGUGAGCGUGCCCGUGUUCAGCCAGGUGCCCGUGCGCCGCCGCCUCUGCCCGCUGCCACCCCGCACUGGGCCGUGCCGCCAGCGCGCGGUCAUGGAGACCAUCGCCGUGGGCUGCACCUGCAUCUUCUGA